UACAGCAGUGUAUGGCAGAGCAAGACUCAGGGGAAACAAACAACAAAUAGAAUCACCAUAACCUGUAAACACAAACUCAUCCCAAGAUGCUGGGGAAGCCUGAGACGAGUAAUCCUUCCAACACUAUGACUGAACUGAGCUGUCAGGUGAAAGAAGACAACAUAACUCAGCAUGAGCACUACUCCGCAGAAUGGCUUGACACUUCUCUCUUCAGCAGACCAGAGGAGAGCUGCAAUGCCCGUGAUGCCAAUAUUUGGAGGAGAGAAAGCUUCAGACAACAGGGUGAGACACGUUUCCUGGUUCAGCGCUCUCCAGCACAGGUCAUGAGAAUGGGUCGUCUUGGUCACCGUCUUACCCAGUAUCAGCUGCCCUACCAGCGACCACUGCCUCUGCCCAUCUUCAAGCCUGCAGACCUUACCACAAAAAUGGAUCGCAUUGCAACUCCACCACAGCUGCGUGGCAUGAUUGAGUUUGAGAGGGCUCUCAGCUACCCAGGCAGUGAUGGGAUGUGUCAAGACAAGACACCAGUCUCUCAGAUCACCAAAGAACUUCCGCCAGUAAUGCAGCCAGCACGCAUGGAGCUUGUCAAACCUGGCUUGGCACAAUCCUUCUCUAGGUCUCUGUCUCAGGAGGCCCAGCGAGGUUAAAGGACCUACUGUAGAUGGACAGAGCCAUGGGUGUGUGCCAUCUCACCUAUAUAAUAGACUUAGGAAGGCCAGAUUAGAAUGCAGGGUAUCUGCAUUGUGUUUUCACUAGAAUCUCAGUUCAUAUCCAGCUGCAAAAUAUCCAUUAGAAAAUUAUUUUAAUUUAAUGUCAAGCUACACAUACGUUUCCAGCUUAUGAUGAGAAAAUUACAGAAAUAUCUGUAUCUGAAAAAAGUUAUCUUAUUUAGAAAAUUAACAAUAUGUUGCAACGUUUAGACUACAUGGUGCUGGUCUCCUGCUACUUUUAUUUACACCAGAUAUAAUAUCCAGUGAUACCUAUUCAGUCACGUUCAGCCUGCAUAUGGACCUCACAGUGAAAUGGGGAAGGUUUCUGUAAAAUUCAUGGUCUUUUCAUGUCCACAGAUAUUAAAUAGGAGGUGUGCAUCUUGCACUAGCUCAGAGGGGAGUGGGAAGCCCUUGUUUUCCGUUGCCUUACCUUUUGUCCACAUAUGUUGUUGGUAAGAUUUGUUUUAUGAUGUGAUGUAACUAGCAUCCAUACAUAAAUUAUAACAAUAGGCAACGGGCUAUAGUAAUGUAAAUGUAAGUGAAAGAGGAAUGGGCGCAGGGCAGUUUUAGAGGAGGCAUUGAAGAAUAGGAUCGUAUGCUCUUUAAACCUAUUCUCAGACAGAGUGGGCAGCAAUAGCUUGCAGCACCUCCUCCUGAUAAGAAGGUUGGUAAGAAGUAAUAUGGAGUGACGGUGUGAGACGUUACGAAGUCACAAAGAGAAAGUUCUGAGGACUUUGGGAAUUAACUCUAUGGGUGGGAGGUAGCCAAGUCUAUGGCUAACUAAAGCUGGAUUGUCAAAACAUAUAAGCUACUUAUUACAAAUCUGACUUGCCUUUAAAAGGGUUAAUGCUGUUACAAUACAAUUAACAGAGACUAUAUGUUGCUGUGGAUAGCAAAUACUUUGCACAAUUUUAUAUGUAGAUAUCUGAACAAUUAUAUUUAUAUAAUUCUGUAUUAUAUAUUUGUGUGAUGUAACGAUAAUUUACAUUUUUUUUAGAUGUAAUAAAACAAAUAAAUAAA